GCCAAUCUUUCUGAAUGGAUUACCAAACCCUACUCUGAUUCUAGUUUUUGUUUAACCUUAGCAUCCCACUCUCCAAUGGUAAAGGAAUGGGGAGCAGGAAUGUACAUGUUUACUGGGAAGUAGUUCAGGCGUUCAGAACAGCUUGCUAGCCUGAUCUUAAAAAAUUAAGUAGGACAAAGCUGGUAACAUUGGAAUGGGAAAGCCAGAAAACACUAGGUUCGGAAGAAGAACUGGGGGGGGGGGGGAGCAGGAAAAGGAAGCAACAAAUUACAUUACGUCGUGUUUUUGCUUUAAAAAAAAUCGCCUUGGAUCUCUACCCUUAUUUCUAAGUAAUUCUGAGCGCGUCUGUAGUGUGCAGACUCAGAAUUUAUGGCAGCUGCUUUUUGAUCCUAGUUUCUCAGCAAAAUUCUUCCAAUGUUAAGGGACAGCAGAAGGGAAAAAAUGAAGAAAUGACAGUUCUGCGGUUGCAAAAACGAGAGAAGCACUCCUUACAUGUUUCUCUCGUCCUGAUUCUCUCACAGCCUCUGUAAGAACUACAUCUCCCAGCGGGCAGUGCAGUCUAUUUGUGACGUAAUAACAUGGCGCUGUCUGGGUGAGCGGCGCUUUACGUUCUUCCCUGUAUCUUCUAGGUUCCCGGAUGGAUUCGGCCCAAUUUUUUUCACGUUUUAUUUUAUUUUCCCACUCAAGCUUAUCUUCGCUUUACACCAAUUAAGAUUUUACUUUCAUUAUAUUACCUAAGGAACAAUGGGAGUUCAUGGGCUUUGGAAGUUACUGGAAUGCUCAGGAAGACCUAUAAACCCAGAAACGUUGGAAGGAAAAAUUCUUGCUGUUGAUAUUAGUAUUUGGUUGAAUCAAGCUAUUAAAGGAGCAAGAGACCGUCAUGGGAAUUCCAUCCAUAAUGCUCAUCUCCUCAUAUUGUUUCGCCGACUUUGCAAACUGCUCUUCUUUCGGAUCCGUCCCAUUUUUGUUUUUGACGGAGAAGCUCCUCUAUUGAAGAGGCAAACUUUGGCUAAACGUAAGCAGCAAAAAGAAGCUGCAGUCACAGAUUCAGAGAAAACUAAGGAGAAGCUUUUGAAAACCUUCCUGAAACGACAAGCGAUCAAGGCUGCUUUAUCAGGAAAGAGCAAUUCUGAAUUUCCUAGUCUUGCAGAGGUGAGAAGGAAAGAGGUGGAUGACAUUUAUGUGCUCCCUGCCUUACAAGAAGAUAAAAAAGACAGCUCAGAAGAGGAAGAUGAAAAAGAGUGGGAAGAAAGGAUGACCCAGAAAAAAAUAUUGCAAAAAGAAUUGCUUGAAAACCCUCGUUCUGUAGAUGUUGAAUCAGACGAUUUCUUGAGCUUGCCUCCUGAAAUAAAACACGAGAUCCUGACUGACAUGAAGGAAUUCACUAAACGAAGAAGAACAUUAUUUGAAGCCAUGCCUGAGGAAUCCAAUGACUUCUCCCAGUAUCAGCUCAAGGGUUUGCUUAAGAAAAGCAGCUUAAAUCGACACAUAGAAAAAGUGCAGAAGGAGAUGAAUGAACAACACUCUGGCCAAAUCCAGCAUCAGUAUGAAGAAGAUGGAGGUUUCUUGAAAGAAUUGGAAACCAGGAGGGUUGUAUCUGAAGAUACCUCUCAUUACAUCCUAUUAAAAGGUACCCAGUCCAAAGGAAAUACUUCUAGUUGUGUGACAUCUGCAAUCCAUUCUUCUGCAAUGCCAAAAGAUUUAAAACCUAGCAAAAAUAUUGCCAGUAACGACAUGCAAGUUAAGCCAGUUUCAUGUGACCUUUCAGUGGAAUCAACCAGUAGUACUUAUGAAACAUCCCCAUCUCCCAGAACGAUGCUUGCUAUCCAGGCUGCUAUAUUGGGAAGUGAUUCAGAAGAUGAGUUGGACGAUAGAAACAAGAAGCACCUUAAUUUAGACAAGUGUGAGUCCACAUCCAGUGUAGACAGCAGUAACAUGUCUCCACGAACAAUCAAGGCUAUUCAACAGGCAUUAUGUGAGGAGGAGGAGGAGGAGGAGAUGAUCACAGCACCAUUUAUCAAUAGGACUAAUAUUACUCAAGGAGAAAGAAUGUCCAGGAAGGACCAUUUUGCUAGCAGUUCAGAUGAAGAAGGAGCAGUUCCUGAAGAUCAGAAUGAAAAACAACUUUUACCAGUACAGAAAUUGGAAGGUGGAAAUAUUAAAAAAAGCCCAUGCAUUCCUGCUGUGCAAAAAAGACUUUUGUCUGGGGCAGAAAAUGAAGAAAAAAAUGUGGAAACAGGGAUUUCUCAAAUAGAUAUAAGUCCUGGACAAUGCCAGAGUCCAAACAACAGCAUAAAGCAGCCAGAAAUAUCUUUGUCUCCAAUUCCAUCAGUUGGCUCAAGUCAUUCAGGUUUUGCAGAGUUAGCCCAAACUGGAAAACUUCAGUGUUUAAAGGAAUUGGCUGGCCAUUCAGAAAAAAGGGUAUCCUGUACACAGAAUGAAUUUUUGCUUGCUUUAGGUACCCCUAAACUUGAAGAGUGUGUGGAACAUCAACAGUCUGAAGAAAGUGAUUCUGAUGGUAGUUUCAUUGAAGUAGAGACUGAACCAAAGGGUGAACAAGAUCGAACAUCUGAGACAUCACUUGCCUCCAUUGAAGAGGAGGUUGGAGUGGUGUCUGAAGCUUCAUUGGAAAUGAGAGAGGGGAGUGAGGACACUACAGAGAAUAAAUCAGAAAGUGGUGAAGAUGCAGAGCUGACUAUGCAACAAAAUGCUGGAAUGGAAAGCACAGAGAAAGCUGAAAUUAAUGAAUGGCAGAAUAUUAGUAUGGAGGAUUUGGAGGUCUUGGAAACAAACUUGUCUGUUGAGCAAACAGCACUUCAAGCUCAGAAACAGCAGCAGGAACGUACGGCUGCCACUGUGACAGGACAGAUGUUCUUAGAGAGUCAGGAACUUCUGCGCCUGUUUGGCAUUCCAUACAUCGAGGCUCCAAUGGAAGCAGAAGCUCAGUGUGCUGUCUUGGAUCUUACUGAUCAAACUUCUGGGACAAUCACAGAUGACAGUGAUAUCUGGUUGUUUGGAGGACGUCAUGUGUACAAAAACUUCUUCAAUCAAAGCAAGUACGUCGAAUAUUAUCAGUAUGUGGAUUUCCAAAAUCAGCUAGGCUUGGAUCGAAACAAGUUGAUUAAUCUGGCCUACCUCCUGGGCAGUGACUACACUGAGGGCAUCCCUAACGUUGGCUAUGUAACUGCAAUGGAGAUUUUGAAUGAGUUCCCUGGACGAGGACUAGAGCCUCUCUUGAAACUCGUGGAAUGGUGGGCUGAGGCUCAAAAGAAUAAGAAAAUACGUCCCAAUCCAUAUGAUACUAAAGUGAAGAAAAAACUGCGGCACAUAGAAAUUGCUGCUGGUUUCCCAAAUCUUUCUGUGGCGGAAGCUUAUUUGCAUCCUGUGGUGGAUGAGUCAAAGGCAUCCUUUGCUUGGGGAAGACCUAAUGUGGAACAAAUUAGAGAAUUUUGUCAAAGUCAUUUUGGAUGGACUAAGUUAAAAACUGAUGAAGUUCUCUUUCCUGUUCUCAAACAACUGAAUAUUCAACAGACCCAGCUGCGUAUUGACUCUUUCUUCAGACUGGCACAACAUGAAAAACAAGUCAUCAAGAGUCAGAGGGUUCGCCGGGCUGUGACCUGCAUGAGGAGAAAAGAGAAGGAAGAAGACGACAGUGAAGUCCAGGAGGCAACUGCUGUUCUAGAAAAAGAAUUGAAACAGAAGAAAGGGCAGGCAUUCAAUAAAGGGAGGGCUGGAUGCCAGAAACGAGGAAGCAAACGGAAGAAAUGUCUGCCAUCUCAGCAACAGAGCGUUCUGUGUGGUGGCUUCGUAGGAGAGGUUCUGCUCUCGGAGGCAUCCAGCGAGUCUUCAGCUGGUGAUUUGGAGAAUGAAGCUUCCAGAAAGCACAGAAAAGGGGAGAACGCAAAAAUGCUCGAAACGAACAUGGCAAGUCACAAAACUAGCCUAGAAGUUGCAUCUGCGCAAAGUGAAGCCAGGAGUAGCAGCUCCAGUGCAGAGGAAGAAAUGCAGAUGGUGACAGCCAGGCCAGUUUUUGAGGGCAAAAAAGCAAGAGGCAAAACUUUAAGGAGGAGGUGGAAGAAAUAAUGCUCGCUGGAAACAUAUAUGGGGCUUUAAAAAUUAUCUCAAUCUUGGCAACUUGAAGAUGUAUGAACUUCAAGGCUGGCUGGGGAGUUCUGGGACUUGAAGUCCAUGCAGCAUCUUCAAGCUGCUAAGAUUAAGAAAGACUAUUAUCUUACAAAUAUUUGCUUCACUAGAAAGAUAUUAUUUUCCACUUUCUUUAUCAAUCCCCAUCUUAUAUUCAACAGCAUGAUAUGAAUUUAAAAAAACCUUUUAAUAUAGGAAACAUCUGUUUUUUCCUCAAGAAAGCCUCUGUUAAGUUUGUCAGCUUUGAGAAUUAUCUGAAGGUGAUUUGUGACCUGUAUGGUUUUCAGAAUGAAAAUGAAUUCAAUGUAUGGUGCUUCUAAUUUGCCAUUAAGCUUCACACUUCCCAAAAACAAAAGAGACACAAGUGGCGUACUGUUCAGAGCUUUUGUAGUUCAUUAGUAGGCAAUAUGUGGGACAGCCUAAUUUCCUACGUAUCUUGCCAUGCCACUUAUAUUAAACAUCAGUUUGUGCAUUAGGGAAUUAAUAAUAAUAAAUAAUUAGGCAUUAGGGCAGAUCCGGUGGCGUAGAGGUGGAGCUCUUGCCUCACAAUCAGGAAGCUGUGAAUUCAAUCCUAGGUAGAGGCUAAUAUUUGGAAUAGAUUCUCCUGCUCGAACUGGGGGUUGGACUAGAUGACCUCCAAGGUCCCUUCCAUUAUUCUAUGAUCUAAGUGUUCAUUGAAUUGCAAGGGUGGUCCAUGUGAGCAUUUUGCAAAGAAACUUAAAUGGAAAGAGGAGAAUUGAUCAUUUUUAUCUUACUACAAAUGGAUAUUAAACAAAUGUAUCAAACAAACAUAAAUAAAUUGAAGAAAAGCAAAGAUUAGACUCAAAGUUUACAUUAGACUUAAAAUUAGGAAGCCUGCUGUAUCAAUCUAGUUCAUCUUCCUUCAGUUGACCAAUAUAAAGGAAAUUCCACGCGCAGUUUUUGCAGACAAAAAUGUGCAAAAUAUAUAAACUACUGGUUUCAUUUUUUGUUUUAUAAAACAAAUGCUUUGUACAUUUGUUGAAUUAACUGAAUUCCUCACAUUAACUGAAUUUCAGUUUUCUGUCCAAGCAUACUUACAUUCAUCUAACAACACAGAAAAAGCAGAUGAAAUACAAAACUAAACUUUAACCACUAAGAAGAUGGCUGUUAUAGGAUCCAAUAGAAUAAUAGACAUUUUGGAAUCAAACACUCAAACCAAAAACAUAAAAUUAUGUGCAUAUUAUGCUGAAUUUACAAUUAUUUAUCCAAACAAUUCUUAAUAAAGCUUAAUAGAAUAUAUAGAGCAGUAUGAUUCAUUUUCAGUUGAUUGGAUUAAUAAAUACAAGAUCCAAAUAUGGGUAUGGAACUUAUUUCAAGAAGAAAAUCUAUAGCGAAAAAUAAGCUUUAACAUCAUUGCUAAAAAGAUCAUUUAUAUGGAGAUUUAUUUAACAAAAAAUAAUAAAGAUUUAUUUAAUAACAAUUACUCACACGUGGAGAAAUAUAAUGCUAAACAUUUCAAGUUAGGAAAGGCAGAAACUCUGAUAGGAAAAAUUGCAUGGGUAAAAACGCAAAUCUUAACUUUUUGAUCUAAAAGAUCCCAAUAAAAAUGGAUGAAAAUAUACAGUAUUAAAUGACUGACAGCAAAAACAAAACAAAAAUGUAUACAUGGCGUAACAAAAUACCCAGGAUAAAAUUUAAAAACAAAAUAUAAGACUUGAACAAAUAAAUAGGCUAGUAGCAACAAAUCGUAAUUUGUAUUACCAGGCUAGUUGUGUCAGAUAACAUUUGAUUAUGACAUUUGAUGGCUGGAUUGCUUGUGAGGAAGGAGUAGGAAUUUUAAAAGGGCUGCACAAAUAUGUCUGAUAGAGGCAGAAAAAAAAGAUCAAUCUUUUAAAAUAUGAGAUAAAUGGAAACAUAAUCUGUUCUAUCUGUAAUCUGUUCUGCUUGAGCAAAGAGUUGGACUAAAAGAUUCCCCAAGGUCCAUUCCAUUUCUGUUACUCUGUUAUCUGUUGCCCCUUGCCUUGGUAACAAAUAUUUUUAUGGAAAAUAUAUAAAGAAAUAUGGAAAAUAAAUAAAGAAUAUAAGGUAUAAUCAUAUAACUGCAAUCUUAUUAAUAAAGCAAUCUUUCAUUGUGUUCCCUUAUGAAUGACCAGAAUAAUUUGAUUAAUUGGUGUCAGAUUUUUUUCCUUCCAUUCAUUCAUGUCUGAUCGUCAGAGAUUGACCAGUCUCUUGGCAAGGUUUUUCAGAAGUGAUUUGCCUUCUUCCUAGGGUUGAGAGAAAGUGACUUGCCCAAGGUCACCCAAUUCAUGCCCAAAGUAGGACUAGAAUUCACAGUCUCCCAGUUUCUAGCUUGAUGCCUUAGCUACUACAAUAAUUUCGUUCUCAUCAGAUGUUUUACUGGUGUUGUAUUACUUUAGUGUUGAUUAUCAGAAUAGACAAUUCUUAAAAUAUUCUGGAAAUGCUGUAGUAUAUAGGAUCAUUUUUUCUGUGUGAUGUUAUGUUAUGUUGUAAAGUCCAACAGGUGUGGAAAAUGAUUUAUAAUAGAAUGAAAUAAAUGCUCCAUUCCAGCCUGUCAGCUUUUUGUUAAUAUUGCUAAACUUUAUAUUCCCCUAUACUGAUUUGGGUCUGUACAUGUAACAGCUACAAGAAUUUUGUAUACCUCCAACUGAAAAUACAAUUUCUUCCAUAGAAGAAUGAGAAAGCAAAUUGUAGGAGUAUGUUCCGCUGUCAGGUUAACUCUGUCAGUCUAUUGUAGGUCUUUUUCAGACGAAGAAAGUUUAUUAAAAUACAUAAACAUUUGUGAGUUAUAGCUCACAUAUUCAUUGAGUGGCUAAACUAAUGGUUGAAUUGGGAUGAAAUAAUGUCAAUAUUAAUUUUAUGUAUAAAAAAUAAAGCUGAUAUAGAAUUUACCGCCAUAUAGAAACUUUGAAUUAUAAUUCUUACAAAUAAGUUCAGAUCACAUCCAAAGUUUACAUUUUCUUUUACAUAAUAUAAUUGUAUGGUGAUCUAAAUGUAUUGAACAUAGAUGCUGCCCUUUUUUACUACUAAUAUAUGAAAUAGUUAUACAAUAUGAAGAGAAACUACUAAUAUAACAUUUCAAAUUCAAAUGAGAUAUUCCAACAUGCAAAUUAGAUUAAUGUUGCUUUGAAUGUUAGCUAACUGUAAUACUUGUAAAUCUCCUUUUAAUGUAUUUUCUGUUCUUUUUAUUCUUUUAUUGCUUUCCUUUAUUGUACUUAAAAAUUA